AUGUCAGCCCCCAGCUCUAGAAGAAGUAGCACCAGUUCUCACCAUGCCCCUCCCGACGAGGUCGGCAUCUCACCAAGUCUAACCCAGACCAACGCCUCUCAGAAAGCAGCCGCCCCAACAGCAGGCACCCCUAGCACAUCUGAACGCAUCAAUGCCCUCAUUUCGAGGACCUUGGACAUCCGUGAACCAUCCAUGUCGGAUGCCGAGUGGUCUUCAAACCUGAACGACAUCUUGGAAACAAUCCCAGUGACAGACCCAAACCGUCAGCUCUGUGGAAACGCCUUGUCGGGCUUUAUCUUUGAUGUAAAGGGAGAACAGCUUCACCAUUCCUCUUCCCUUCAAGGGUUUGGCAUGGGUAAUAACGACGACUACGUCGCCCAAUUGCGUCGCCAGCUCAUGAGCUCGAAUAUGAGCUCUGGAAAUAGGGGCAACGGUGCAUUCGAAUUUGAAAACUAUGCAGACUUUCUUUCCAGUAGCAUGGGCUACAACAACACCCAGCGGCGACCUUAUGGAGGAGCCAAUGCGUCUCAGCUCUCUGAAGGAGAGUCUGAAGGAGAGAGCUCUCCAAAGCUUGCGAAGGAUCAGGUUGUGGGAGAUAUUGACAGUCCAGUCGUUCUUGACUUUCAUUGGGGAAUGCGAAGAGAGCUCUCUAUCCAGAAGGCGGAGGAGGAGUGGGUUGACGUGGAGUCGGGUGACGAGGAUACGGGGAAUGAGACGUCAUAA